AUGGCGCGAAACCCGGAGUUCAACUUUGUCUGCGGCGUGCUGGUCGUCGUCCUGCUUCUCGCUUCCGCCGUUGCGAGUAGUGCCUACCGUGUGGCGGAUGGCCAGCGACAGCGUGUCGGACGGGCCUUAUCCGCGAUGCCUCCCUUGCCUCCGACCAUCAAGCUCCAACCAUCACAAUUGAAGGUGCUUCUGGCCCUGGACCAAGCAUUGGCCCUGUGGAAUAACAGCGCGUCAAACGUGAUCUGUGACGAGUGGCAGCUUGUGGAGUGUAACCAAGACGGCAUGGUUACUGUCCUGUCCGCACAGUUCAUUCAUGAUUCGUAUGGCGAUGUGCCAGCAGCCAUUACAGCCCUCUCUGCGCUUCAGAAACUGGAUCUGGCAAUAAAUGGCUUCGGUGGAAACCUGGAGAUUCUCGGCCAUUUCCCCAAGUUGCAAUAUGUAGACCUGAGCCAUACCGACUUCAGAGGAUCCAUCCCGGAAACCAUCAGCAAUGCCAAGAGCCUGCAGUACCUUAACCUCCAGGGCCUGUAUCUCAGUGGAAGUCUCCCUGGCAGCAUCAGUCGCCUCACUGCACUCCAAUCCCUGCGCAUUGGGAACCCCCUGCACCUGCAGGUCUUUCUUGGUUUUCCGUACCUUAACGAAUCUCCAUCAGACCUUGAGCAGUACCAGCCUUUCCCUGUGAUGCAAGGCUCUGUGAACGACCUCUCAUGUCUCGCCCCACUCACUCGUCUCCAGGACCUUGCUCUCAUGAAUCUCAACCUGACUGCUGGAGAUUUCCCUUCUUCUGUUGCUGCACUUCCUUCACUCAUGCACCUUGACCUAAGUUUCCUUCCCAUCACCCGCUUACCGCAAUGGAUCGCUUCACUCUCUAAGCUCACUUAUUUGGAUGUCACCGGAAACUUAACCUUCCGCCGCUCUGCACUGUUCCCCACCGAGUGGAUGGCGCUCACAAGGCUGGAGACGUUGCGGGCCGGUCUGAAUGGCUUCACUGGCUCUAUCCCCUCCACCAUCUCCGCCCUCACCGCCCUCACCAUCUUGGAGCUCUACGGGAACAACAUCUCAGGAAGCAUUCCUGCUGGCAUCAGCAAGCUGCCAAAACUGGAUUACCUGUUGCUCGGCUCUAACAAUAUCACCGGCGCCGCUCCUGUCACUCACGCCUACUUAGACCUCUCCUGGAAUCAACUCACCUCCAUGCCUUCUGCCAUCAUUGCUGACGUUUUGAUGGCUCACAACCAGCUUCAAGGUCCCCUUCCUUCUGCCGUUCCCACCCGUCUCGGUAUUCUUGAGCUGCAAGGCAACGCAUUCUCUGGCUCGCUACCCAACUUUGAUUCGCUACCCUAUCUUAUCAUAUUCGACGUCAGCGACAACCAGCUCAGUGGCUCCCUCCCUGACUCCAUCUCCAGCCUUGUGUUGUUGUCCCGACUGGGGCUUGGAGGCAACAAUCUGAGUGGCGUCAUACCUGCUAGCCUGUGCGGACUUGGGGAUCUAACAUACCUUUCCAUGGCUCACAACCAGCUUCAAGGUCCCCUUCCUUCUGCCCUCGUUUCCACCGGUCUCAGGACUCUUGAGCUGCAAGGCAACGCAUUCUCUGGAUCGCUACCCAACUUUGAUUCGCUACCCUAUCUUCACAUAUUAGACGUCAGCGAUAACCAGCUCAGUGGCUCCCUCCCUGACUCCAUCUCCAGCCUUGUAUUGUUGUCCCGACUGGGGAUUGGAGGCAACAAUCUGAGUGGCGUUAUACCUGCUGGUCUGGGCAGUCUUCAUGAUUUAACAUACCUGAACGUGUCGGGCACGGGGCUGACCUGCCCUGCAGACGGCAGCAAGUGCGUGGUGUAUCAGAGCAACACCACCGGCUUCUGCCGCCUCUGCUUCUCCUUCUGCUCCUCCUGCACCGACUUUGGUUUGUCGCAGGCACGAUCAGCAUCUGGCCCUCGCACGCUCAUUGCUGCUGCCAUUAACCACUCUACUGCUGCUGCUGUUGCCGCCGUCUUGCUCCUGGUGUUCGGGUUGUGA